AUGAAAGUACUAGACAGCCUAUAUAAAGACAGUGAUCAUCCAACUUAAAGCACCAGAAAACGACCGGACAGGCGCAGAGGAACACCUCACACUCAGCACAGACUUUGCUUUGAAAAGGCUCAGGAGAUGUCUGGGAAAAAAUGGGUUCUCCUUGUCGCUGGCUCAAAGGGCUGGGACAAUUACAGGCACCAGGCCAAUGUGUGCUGUGCAUAUCAGUUAAUUAAGAAACAUGGAAUUCCUGAUGAGCAGAUUGUGGUGAUGAUUUAUGAUGACAUCGCUAACAAUCCCAAGAACCCAUUUCAGGGAAACAUUGCCAGUGUAGUACCGCAAAUGCCAAACAUUUACCCAGGAGUUCCAAAGGACUACAGUAGUGUGGAUGUGAACCCAGUGAACUUUCUGGCCACUCUUCAAGGGGAUGACACUACCAUGAAAAAAAUCAUAAGAAGUGGAACAAAUGACAACAUAUUCGUCUACAUGUCCGGUACGGGAGGUCAAGGAACUUUUGAUUUUCCUGAGCAGUCACUUGGUGCCGCUGAUCUCAUUGGAGCGAUCAACAACAUGCAUACUGCCAAAAAAUUCUCAAAGAUGGUGAUAUGCAUGGACAGCGAUUUCUCGAAAUCAAUGUUUAAAGACCUUUCCCCAUUGAAAAAUGUCUAUGCAGUGACUUCAUGUGAUGACAACACCCAGAGCUAUCUGAGUGAUCGUGACCCAACCAGGGACGUCUACCUCUCAGAUCAAUUCUCUUCUGCUUGGUUGAAGUUUAUUCAUAUGAAUGACUUCAGUUCAGCAACACUCAAAAAUCAGUUUGACUUCAUCACCAAAUAUGUUCAAAAACCCCAAUGCCCCCCUUGCAACUUUGGAGACAUGAAACUCAGUGAAUGUCCCCUCAGUGAGUUCCUGCUUAACUGAACACCCAACAAGCUGCUUAAAGAAAAGAGAAAACAUCCUUCUGAGGGGCACAUGAAAAUGAUGAGAGUAAUCUGGAGAACCUUUGUACUAGUUUGUUUUUUCACUUUCACUGCUGGCUUUAUGAUUAGAAUUAAAAUGAGUGCAACACUUUUGAAAAAUAUUAGAA